AUGUCAACAAUGAUGGAAAUGGCUUUAUUACAAAAGGUUCAAGAACAAAAAAUGAUGCUUACACCAGCAUCAUCAGCUAUUCCUACUGCUGGGUGUUCGCAAAGUGCUGCAUCCUUUGCACAAGAACGGAUAUGGUUCGAUGAAAAGAUCCAUCACGAUCCAUCAAUCUCACCUGCUAUGCAUAAUUUUGUUUUACCUUUAGUGAUUAAACAUGGCUCAAUGUCAAUUGAGCGCAUUCGUUCGGCCGUUGUUGCUGUUCUUGAACAGCAUGAAAUAUUUCGAACUGCACUUUACUUCGAUAAAAAUCGUAAUAUGUUGGUCCAAGCAGUGCAAUCUUUGGACAACAAUAACGCUUACUCCCUUGAAAUAACAGCAAACGAUAUACAAGGUCUUGAUGAAGUUGCUGAUCUACUUAGGAAUGAAUCAGUCAAGCAUUUUGCUGAAUUAGAACAUGGUUUAGUUAUUCGUUGUCAUCUAGUUAAGAUGGGAUCUGACGAUGACAUGGAGAAAUUAUAUCCUCAAGAUUUGGUUAUUUUUAUAUUUCAUGGUGUAGCAUUCGAUUAUAAUUCUAUCAGUCCGUUUCUUGUUGCAUUUACAAAAGCAUACGAUCAAAUGGAAGUGGAUGUUGAAAGGUUACAAUAUAUCAGUUUCAGUCUGCAUGAGCAUCAACAAUUCGUUAAUAUUCCCGAAGACUCUCAAAUACGAAGAGCCCAACAGUUUUGGUCAAAAAUGAUUGAUGACUACAGCCUUGAUGCAAACUAUCCGACACCAUUUACGCACCCAUUCGACACAAGAAAGCGUUCUGGAGAAGGGCAUAGUACAUCGUUUAUACUGGAUUCGAUACUUGUCAAAGCUCAAAUGGAAUUUGCAUCAUUACAUAAUUUGUCUAUGUCUCAUACAACAUUAGCGUGCUUCUUUCUUUUUAUUUAUGAACUCAAUGAUGGUACUAUUAGUGACUUGUGUGUGACCUGUCCUACAAAAAAUCGAUCAUUGGUUGAUACAAAAUGCAUGAUUGGUACGUUUGCGAAUUUAUUACCAUAUCGUAUAAAAAUUAAUGCAAAUGAAAGCUUUAUUAACUUGGUACAGCGAAUUUAUCAAUUGGACAUGGACAUUCUUAAUCACUGUCAACUACCUUAUCAACAGAUCAUCAGGGGCAAUAGCGAGUUAUGUUCAAGCAAGAUUCCAUUACAUUUUCAAUAUGAAGAAACUCACUCUUCUUCAACUAGUGAAAUGAAAUCGAUAGCCAAGACAAAUGAUGUGACAUUAAGUUUAUAUACUGAACAAUCUUGGCUACAUGGCAAUGGUAUUGCUUCUCAUGAUAUGAAUUUAAAACUGAUCCAUAAUCAGUCCAGUCAAACGACUUAUUGCAUUUUCGAAUGUAGCGCUGAUUGUUAUGAUAAAGUGACGGUGUCCAACAUUGGUCGAUAUUUUCAGAAUAUACUUUCACACAUCUUCACUGAAAAUAAAAAAACCAUUGGUUUCGACCCAAGUUUUGAAAAAAUUGGAAAUCUUUCUCUUUUACCAAUGAACGUUGAAACUUUAUCAAACGUCAUCGAAUCAUUACGACAUUUCUCUGAAAUAAAACCAGCUUCAUAUGCUCAACACCAAAUAUGGCUCAAUGAAGAACGUCGUCUGCAUUUGGAUGAAUCACAAUUGGCAACAUACAAUAUGGUAUUUUGCUAUCGUCUUUCAGCUGAUCAUACCUUGUCUGUUCAGCAGCUUUGCUAUGCACUCCAUCUUGUUGUUGAAAAACAUCAAUCUCUAAGAACAUCAUUUGUUUUUGAUACUACAAAAAACAUUCUUACACAACGAGUUGUUGACCAACUGAAUCAUAAAAGCAAUCGAUUUUCUAUAGUCGAAAGCAUUUAUGAAACAAAUGAACAAUUGGAUGAAAUUAUACACAAUGAGACACAUAAUCCUCAUAUUUUCGAUCUUGCUCAGGGUCUUGUCUUCCGAUGUCAUCUUGUUCGUUAUAAACAAGUUUCUACUAAUGAUCUUAUCUCCGAUAACGAUAUCAUCAUCUUCAACUUUCAUCAUGCCUCGUUCGACUGUCCAUCAAUGAAGAUAUUUCUCCAUGAUCUUCAUCAAGCAUACACCACAAGUCAGCUACUCAAUGAUGACAGCACCAUCAGACUUCGCUAUCUCGACUAUGCUAUCAUGGAACAACACAUGGCUAUGAUUGGUGCAAGCAUAUUCUGGCAUGAUGCUCUGCAUGAUUACAAACUAGAUCAGUCUCUCUCAUUGCCAUAUGAUCGAUAUCGACCUACGAAUGAAUACCGAUCUAGUUUUGGAACAUCUAUUUCAUUCGAUUUAGAUCGAGAUCUUUGUGACACUUUCCUCCAGUACACAUCGUCACAAAACAUCGCACUGGAACAUCUAGCAUUAUCUCUGUAUUUUAUCUUUCUGUUUAAACUGACGAAUGGAGAAACAGAUCUAUGCAUUGGAAUGAACGUAGAUGGUCGAUACAGAGAUGAACUUAGAUCAGUGAUUGGUAUGUUUGUCAAUGCUAUGCCCUUGCGAUGUCAAUUAGAUCCACAAUGGUUUCUACAUAAACUUGUUAAUCAUGUUCAAGAGAUACUAACUAACAGUCGUAAAUACUCUUAUUUUCCUCUUCGACGUCUCCUAGAUCAACAUCCACAUGCUUCGAAAUCUGCAUUUCUUGAUACAUCAUUCGAGUACAUUCAAUAUUCACCACAAGAUCUUGGUAAUGACCUGAUUAUAGGCGACAGUCAUCUCUCUGUGAUGCCUAUUUCGAACAAGAUUAGUGAAGAUGACAUCAUGAACAAGUUUGACUUCAUUCUUAGUAUUCGGCAUAAUAUCGAUAUGAAUCAACUGUCAUGUACAAUCAAUGCAUCACUUGACUUGUUCAAUCGAGAGACAGCGGAGAACAUUUCACAACGAUUUCAUUCCAUCAUAUAUCAAUUAUCUGCAUCUAUUGUCGACAGUCAAAUAAACCAACCUAUCUAUGAAUUAUCAUUAACAUUAUCAAAUGAACAAUAUCUAAUGCAAUCAUUGAAUAAUACACAAAUAUCAUUUCCAUCUCCUCGCACUUGUAUCCAUCAUGAAUUUGUGAAUCAAGUAAUGAAACAUCCACAAAAACUAGCUGUUGAACUAGAUGAACAAUCAUUGACAUAUUCUGAACUUCUGCAUUGUGUCCAAGUGUUAUCUAUAACUCUUCUUAAUGAAUAUCUUAUCACUCCAGGUGAAAUAGUUUGUCAAUGUGUUGAGCGAAGUUUAUCAAUGGUGAUUGGCAUUAUGGGAAUUGAAAUGGCUGGUGGUGUUUAUUGCCCGUUAUCACCUCGAGAUCCACAACAUCGUUUGCAUGCACUCACAAAACAAACACAAAGUCGUCUUGUUCUUGUUCAUUAUUUAACCAAGAUUAAAUUCGAUCAUAAUAUUGUUCCACUUAAUAUUAAUUUAGUGAUAAAUAUUAAUAAUAUGGAUAGUCAAACGGAUUAUAAUUAUCUUUCGAGUGUGGGAGUAAAAGGCAAAGAGAUGGCCUAUAUUAUUUUUACUAGUGGUUCAACGGGAACACCCAAAGCGGUUCAAGUUCGACAUAAGAACUUUAUUGAUUGUAUCAAUUCUUUGGUUUAUAUUAACUCAUUUAAUAAAGAUGAUACAGUUGUACAAAUGACACGAUGUUCAUUUGAUAUUCAUGUUCAAGAAAUACUUGGUACAUUAACGGUUGGAGGCACAUUAAUUAUGCUUCAUCCAGGCGGAACUAUUGAUUUCGAUUAUUUAUCCAGAGUGUUAGAGAACAAACAAAUUACAUAUCUACAUACUGUACCAAGUUUACUGCACGAUUUUUUUACUUCUGUCGUGGAAAACAACAAUCCGAAUGCUUUGAAGCAUCUUCGAUCACUGUGCAGCAGUGGUGAACCUUUUUCUGUUCCUUUAAUUGAUUUGUUUGUGAAAAUCGGUAUAACAAACUGUGUUCUGUGGAAUUUGUAUGGCCCAGCUGAAGCAACUAUAGGUUCUACACUUCAUUGUGUGAAUGUUACAAAUGAUACACAGAGCAUACCAAUCGGCAGACCAUUUUAUAAUUACCGAUGUAUGAUUAUGAAUGAAUAUUUACAAUCAACUGCCACCGCUCAAGAAGGUGAACUGUUUGUGGGAGGAGCAGGUGUCUUUGCUGGUUAUCUUGGUCGUGAUGAUUUGACAGCUACAGCUAUUGUUGAAAUAGAUGGUCAACUAUACUAUCGGACAGGUGAUCUUGUUACCAUCAAUAAUAAUGGACUUCUUCAUUAUCAAGGAAGAAAAGAUCAUCAAAUCAAACUGCAUGGACAACGAAUUGAACUUGGUGAAAUCGAACGAUGUUUACUUAACAUUACAUCCAUCUCUGCUUGUGUUGUCAUGAAGUGGACUGAUAAUUACUUAGUUACAUAUGUUCAAGCUUCUCAUAUCAGAGAAGAACAACUACGUCAACAUUGCCAAUCUCAUCUUCCACCACAUAUGAUUCCAUCAUUCUUUAUUAUUCUUGAUAAAUUACCUCUGAAUCAAAAUGGAAAAAUAGAUCGAAAACUACUUCCAUCACCUCACUGUUCAUCGUCAACUAUGCCAUCACUAAGUGAACUUGAUAAACCAGUCAAUCCAGUAGAAAAAAAUGUGUAUGAUAUUUGGUGCCAAGUGCUGCAGCGCAGUGGACAACAUAUACCAACAACUACAAACUUCUUUACUAUCGGAGGUCAUUCUCGUGUGUUUAUUGAGCUUUAUCAUCGUUAUCAAACUAUCUUUGGUUUCGAUAGUCGUACAUUAUCUGUUAGCCCAUUUCUUGGACAACCAACUAUUCAACAGCAUGCAAAGUUAUUAAGGACAGUUAAGACUGAUGAUAUUCGAAGGGAACAAUGGUAUACUCUGCACAUUAAUCAAAGUAUGGCAUCAUUUGCUCAAGAACGUAUAUUUUUGGAUGAAAAAAUUCGAUUCUCUAAUAAACAUAGUCUCUAUAAUAAUUUUGUUGCACUACGAGUUACCGAAGGUAUUUUAUCAAUAAAUCGAGUACUACAAGCUGUCCAAUUGGUUUUGAGGAAACAUGAAAUAUUGCGUACUUCACUCGUGUUUAAUAAUGAUGAUAGUACACUACAGCAAUAUGUCACUGAUAAUCACAAGACAUUUACAUUUCUUGAUCAGCAAAAUUUCGAAAGUGACAAUGAACUUCAAAAUAUUAUUUAUCGAACGGUUAUCAAUCCUGAUCUGUUCGAUUUGUUCAGUGGUCGAGUUUUUAGUUGUCAGAUACUUCAACAGCAGAAGACUACGCAUGAAACUGCUCACACAGAUUCUCUUGAAAAGUCUGAUAUUCUUGUAUUAUAUUUCCAUCAUGCAGCAGUUGAUGGAACUUCUAUACCAAUCCUGCUGAAUGAUUUCUAUAAUGCUUAUAGUAAUAACAUGACAGUUUCACUUGAUGAACAAUCAGUGCAAUAUAUUGAUUAUGCUGUUCAUGAACGGAUUAUGGAUAUGACAUCAUCUCGUAGCUUUUGGUAUUCUCAACUGGAAAGAUUUAAUCUCAAACGUGCAUUAAAGCUACCAUUUGAUAGACAUCGUUUGCCAACUGUUCAAAGAUCAGGCUUAGCGUCGGUAGCUCAAAUUUCUUUUGAUAAGGAGCUGUCAAUGAUGUUUCUUAAUUAUGCUUCCUUACAUCAAAUUACACCUUUUCAGCUUGGUUUGACUGCAUUUUAUGUGUUUCUCUUCAAGCUAACUCAUGGAGAAACUGAUUUAUGCAUUGCAUCUAUUAAUGCUAAUCGAUAUCGAAGUGAAUUAGAAAAUAUGAUCGGCAUGUUUGUUUCAACGUUGCCAUAUUGUGUACAACUCAAUUCUCAUUGGUCAUUUGAUGAAGUAGUUAAAUAUGUACAAGAGAAAUGUUUAUCAAUUCUUGAGCAUUCUCAUUAUCCACUUCAGCAUAUACUUACUGAUUUUCGACUUAAUCAAUUGGAUGUUCCAUUUCUUGAGAUCGCUCUUGUUGAAAUAGAUGGUCAACUAUACUAUCGGACAGGUGAUCUUGUUACCUUCAAUAAUAAUGGACUUCUUCAUUAUCAAGGAAGAAAAGAUCAUCAAAUCAAAUUACAUGGACAACGAAUUGAACUUGGUGAAAUCGAACGAUGUUUACUUAGCAUUACAUCUAUUUCUGCUUGUGUUGUCAUGAAAUGGAAUGACGAUUACUUAGUUGCAUAUGCUCAGUCUUCUCAUAACAAUGAAGGAGAACUACGUCAACAUUGCCAAUCUCAUCUUCCACCACAUAUGAUUCCAUCACUGUUUAUCAUACUUGAUAAAUUACCUUUGAAUCCAAAUGGAAAAAUAGACAGAAAACUUCUUCUGCCACCUCACUUCCUAUCAAUACAUUUUACAAACACUGUCGAACUAUUACUACCAACAAAUGAUAUUGAAGUUAGCAUUCAUCAGAUUUGGUGUGAGAUAUUCAAACUAAAUCGUAUUUCAACUGAUACAAAUCUCUUCACUAUUGGUGGUCAUUCAUUACUCAUAAUGCAACUUUUUCAUCGAUACAAGAUUGAAUUUCAUUUAGAAACAAAUUCUCUUUCUAUUUCGACUCUAUUUCAACAUCCAACAAUUAUUCAUCAUGCUCAACUCAUACAGCAAUUUAUCAAUAUCAUUCACACUCUGGAUAACAUUCCUUGGUCUUCAUUACAUCUCAUUCAAGCUGGAGCAUCAUUUGCACAAGAACGAAUCUAUUUAGAUGAACAAAUUCGAUUUUCAUCCAACAAAACAACCAUGAAUAAUAUGUAUGUUAUUCCAUUACUUUAUCGAAUAUCAUCGAUGAAUGAUCAUGUAUCAAUUACUCGAUUCCAUCGUGCAUUUCAAACUGUUAUCACAAAACAUAAUAUUCUUCGAGCUGCACUCUAUGUUGAUACAAAUGGUCAUAUCACACAACAUUAUUUAGAUCCAAAUAUCAUUCUCAAUAAUGAUACGAAAUCACAUGGAUUGACAAUCGUUAAUCUUCAUAAUAAUGAUCGUCAUCAUGUGAAUGAAGCUAUUGAAAAACUAUUAAAUCAAUCUGAUUUAUUUGAUAUAUCAAAAGCACAUGUUAUUAACUGUCAUAUUCUUCGUGGUGAUCAGUCAAAUCAUUCAUUUAUUCACAAUGAUGAUGAUCUAUUGACUAAAGAUGAUCUGAUAUUAUUUACCAUUCACCAUGCUUGUUUUGAUGGAUCAUCGAGAUCAAUCUUCAUUCGUGAUCUUUCUCUUGCUUAUCAAUCUAAUGAUUCAUUAUCUGUAGAUGAUAACUCAUUGAAUUAUAUCGAUUAUUCUGUUUAUGAACAUAUCAUGGAUAUGUCAUUAUCUCGUGAAUUCUGGCAUUCUCAACUUGAAAGAUACAACAUGGAAUGUUCAUUAUCAUUACCAGUUGAUCGACAACGUUCAUCAACUAAUCAACGAUCAGGUCUAGCAUCCAUAGCUGAAAUCAUUUUCGAUAAUGAAGUAUGCACAUCAUUUCUAAAUUAUGCAUCAUCACAUCAUCUCACACUUUUUCAACUUGGAUUAUCGAUAUUUUAUGUUUUCCUAUUCAAAUUAACUCAUGGUGAGACUGAUUUAUGUAUUGGUUCUAUUAAUGCUAAUCGAUACCGAAGUGAAUUAGUGAAUAUGAUUGGAAUGUUUGUUUCAACAUUACCGUAUCGUGUUGAACUUGAUCUCCAUUGGUCAUUUGAUGAAGUAGUCAAAUAUGUACGAGAAAAAUGCUUAUCAAUUCUUGAACAUUCUCAUUAUCCACUUCAACAUAUUCUUGGCGAUCAUCAACUAGCUCAAUCGAAUGUAUCAUUUCUUGAGACAAUGUUUGAUUUUAUCACUGUAUCGAAAGACGUUAAUGAUUUAUUUUUGAAUGGUGUUAAUCUAGAACAAGUGCCGUUAAAUGACUCAUAUAAAAUGGCUAAAUUUGACUUCUCAUUGACAUUUUUAUACAAUUCGUCAUCCGAUGACAAUCAAUUAUCUUCCUCUUUUGUUUGUUCACGUGAUUUAUUUGAUGAGACAACAGUUACCAUAAUAGGUCGAAGACUUCAACAUGUUUUGGAGCAAGUCUUUUUGUCGAAAUCAAGCACAAAUCGCAUGGAUUUAUAUUGCACAUCUAUAUCAAAAGUUGAUCUAAUUCUACCAGAAGAAGUCAAAGAAAGACAAGGAAUAAUGUUUCAUAGGUUGAAAAAUAUUAGUAAUGAGGCACCAGCAUCCUUUGCACAAUGUCGAAUAUGGUCACAAAAUCAAAGAGAUGCCGAUACUGAUCAAUCAUCUUUAAUGACCCAUAAUGUGCCGUUUUUCUAUCACCUCUACGCAGGAGGUAUUUUAUCUGUACAACAACUUCGUCAUGCUCUUGGACUCAUUGUUACCAAGCAUGAAUCACUUCAUACAUCACUCAUCUAUGAUUCUAACAACAAUCAACUCAUGCAGAGAGUUCUCACCCAACAAGAUAUCAACAAUGAAAUGUUUACAAUUACUGAAAGCACUUAUGAAACAGAUGAACAACUCAAUGGCAUCAUCGAAAAUGAGAAAUACAAUCCUCAACUUUUCGAUCUUGCUCAAGUUCUUGUCUUUCGAUGUCAUAUUAUUUAUUACAAACAAAUCUCUUCAAACAAUAUCCUUUCCGAUAAAGAUAUGAUUAUCUUCAAUUUUCACCACGCUCUCUUUGAUUAUCCAUCAAUGAAUAUAUUCCUUCAUGAUCUUGAUCAAGCUUACAAAACAGGUCAACUCACAACUGAUAAUAAUACUAUUCUACGUUAUAUCGAUUAUGCUUUUAUUGAACAACAAAUGUCAAUGACUGGUGCAACUAUGUUUUGGCUUGAUACACUUUACGAUUGUAAACUCGAUCAAUCUUUAUCAUUGCCAUACGAUCGACAUCGUCUUAUGCGUGAACAUCGAACUAAUCGAACAACAUAUAUCUCCUUUGAUUUUGGUCAAGAUCUGUCUCAUCAUUUUCUUACUUAUGCAUCAUCAAACAAUAUCAGACAUGACCAUCUCGCACUUGCUAUUUACUUUAUCUUCUUAUUUAAAUUAUCGAAUAGUGAAAAAGAUUUAUGUGUUGCAAUGAAUAUCGACAAUCGUUAUAGAGAUGAACUGAAAUCUAUAAUUGGACUGUUCGAGAAUAUUAUCCCAUUACGAUGUCAACUAAAUCCUGCUUGGUCUUUGAGCCAAUUGGUUGAAAAUGUUCGAGAAACAACAACUAAUAGUAUGAAAUAUUCAUAUUUUCCACUUCAACGUAUUCUCAGUCUACAUCCAGAUGUUUCAAAACCAGCAUUUCUUGAUAUAUCAUUUGAAUUUCUAUCAUCUAUGACAAACAGUGACAAUAAACUAAUAAUGAUCGGCGAUAGUCAACUUUGUUCCAUACCUUUCAUAAUCAACAUUAAUGAUUUUUCACUUCUGAUCCAGUAUGAUCUCAAUGUCAACCAACUCUCAUGCACAAUCAAUGCAUCACUUGAUUUAUUCAAUGUAGAAACAACUGAUAAGAUAUCUCAACGAUUUUAUUCAAUGUUGAAACACUUAUUUACAUCUGUUGAUGAUCAAAUGAAUAAAUCCAUUUAUGAAAUAUCACUAACAUUACCAAAUGAAAGAUUACUCAUGCAAUCAUUGAAUAAUACACAAGUAUCAUUUCCAUCUCCUGUCACUUGUACUCAGCAUGCAUUUGCUUGCCAAGUAAUGAAACAUCCACAAAAACUAGCAGUUGAAUUGGAUGAACAAUCAUUGACAUAUGCUGAACUUCUGUAUUAUGUUCAAGUCUUAUCUUUAGCGCUUCUUAAUGAAUAUCAUGUAUUUCCAGGUGAAGUCGUGUGUCAAUGUGUUGAGCGAAGUUUGUCGAUGGUUAUUGGUAUAAUGGCGAUUGAAAUGAGUGGUGGUGUUUAUUGCCCAUUAUCACCUCGAGAUCCACAACAUCGUUUACAUGCUCUCAUACAACAGACAGAAAGUCAUCUUGUUCUUGUUCAUUGGUUAACAAAGAGUAAGUUUAAUGAUAGUAUUAUUUCAUUUGAUGUCAGCUCCGUAUUGACAUGCAACGAUGUCACAAGUGAUAUGGACCCUGAUCGACUAUCAAAUGUGACAGUCACAGUUGAUGAUAUAGCGUACAUUAUCUUCACAAGUGGUUCAACAGGAGUACCAAAAGCAAUUCAAGCACGCCAUGUAAAUUUGAUUCAUUUUAUGAACUCGCUAGUCAGGAUCGACGUAUUCAACAAAGAUGAUACUGUAGUUCAGAUCGGACGAUGUUCAUUUGAUAUUCAUGUUCAAGAAAUACUUGGCACUUUGAUGCAUGGAUCUACAUUGGUUAUGGUUCAUCCAGGAGGUGCACUAGAUUUUGACUAUCUCUCCAAUAUCGUGCAGAUAAAACAAAUUACAUAUAUGUUCAUGGUUCCAAGUUUAAUUCAAAGCUUUUUCACAUUUAUCGCACAAUCUAGCAAGAAAACUACUUCAAAAUAUUUUCGAUCACUUUGUAGUGGCGGUGAACCAUUAUUUGUUAAACUGAGUACUCUAAUUGCAAAUAAUAGUGUAUCAGAGUAUAAUGUAUGGAAUUACUACGGUCCUGCAGAAAUAACAAUCGCCUGUACACUUCAUCUUAUUGAUAUUAAAACUAAUUCUAGAAGCAUUCCAAUUGGUAGAUCACUUCCUAACUACCAAUGCUUGAUUUUAAAUAAAUUUUUACAAAGUAUAUUUAUUAAUCAAGAAGGAGAAUUAUUAGUUGGAGGUAUGGGUAUCUUUGCUGGUUAUCUUGGACGUGAUGACUUAACUGCAAAAGCUCUUGUUGAAAUAGAUGAUGAACUAUUUUAUCGAACAGGUGAUCUUGUUAAAAUGGAUAACAAUGGUCUUCUGCAUUAUCAAGGAAGAAAAGAUCAUCAAAUCAAAUUACAUGGACAACGAAUUGAACUUGGUGAAAUCGAACGAUGUUUACUUAACAUUACAUCUAUUUCUGCUUGUGUUGUCAUGAAGUGGAAUGAUGAUUACUUAGUUGCUUAUGUUCAAUCUUCUUCUCAUACUAAUGAAGAAAAACUACGUCAACAUUGCCAAUCUCAUCUUCCACCACAUAUGAUACCAUCAAUAUUCAUUAUACUUGAGAAAUUGCCACUGAAUCCAAAUGGAAAAAUAGAUCGAAAACUUCUACCGCCACCUGAUUUUUCGUUGUCAGCCGAUAAUAUUGGUGGUAAUGUGCCGCGUACCACCUUAGAACAACAGUUACAAGAUAUAUUUAGUCAAGCUUUCCACGUUGAAUCUCCGCCUAUUGAAGUUCCUUUUGGUCAGCUCGGUGGAACAUCUCUAGACGCUAUACGUGCACUUACAUUAAUACGACAACAGCUGUGUACUAAUAUCGACAUUGGCCUUUUAUUUACUUAUCCAUCUAUUCGACAGUUGGCUAUAGCAAUAGAACCUUUAUUGAUUUUGGAUGCACCAGAAGAGAUAGUGUGCACAACUAGUCAGUCUCAUGAAACACAUGUUCGUUUUUCACCGUCGUUUGUUAUAGAAUCUGUAGGUAUUGCACUCCUUGUUUGCCAGUGGUUGUUGCCAAUCAUGGUAAUUCAUCAAUGGUGUCCACUUCUUUUCCCUAUCUUACCAAUAUGUCAUCUUCUAUUCUAUGUCAUUUGCUCACAACUACUAUCACGGCGAAACAUCAAAGAUGGCAAUGUUUUCUCUUGGAAUUAUUAUCGAUGGUGGUUUUUAGAUCGACUUUGGAAUAAUAAUACAUUUUGGUUGCAGCAUAUACUUGGUACACCGCUAUACAAUUAUUAUCUUCGUCUUUGUGGUGCACGAAUAAGUCUCAACACACAUAUUUAUACCACAAUUAUCGAUGCCCCAUGGUUGUUAGAAAUUGAUGAUGAAAGUUGGAUUGCUAAUGAAACAUAUCUGAACUGUUUAUAUUUUAAUGAUGACGACACGUUCAAACUGAGUCCAAUUAGAAUUGGAUCUAAUUGUUUAAUCGGUGCACAAUCGAUUCUAUUUGAUGGAGUUGAUAUGCAAAACAAUAUUAUUGUUCAACCAAUGUCAUCAGUCACUGGUUUCGUUGCAUCUGAAACGAUUGUUGAUGGUGAAGAACACAAAUCUCUUCCGUCAGACAUUUCCAUUGUGCAGAGUAACAGAUCAUUAUCGAUAUGGCAUAAGAUCUACCAAAUUCUUGUAAUCAUCUCGAUAAUCUGUAUUCAUUAUACACUUUUGAUCCUUGUCUAUAAAGUUUAUUCAGUUAGACAAAUACCACUACUAAUCAGUAUUGCUUUUUGCUGGACUUUAUGGUCAAUUAUUGGUUGUUUUAUCUCGUUUCUCCUGUUGAAAUUCAUAGUAGGGCCCUGUGUUGCUGGUGAAAUAUAUCCGAUAGCAUCUAGGUUAUAUUUACAAAAAAUAUGGCUUCGUCAAUUAGUUGUAUCUACUUUUCAUCAUGCUUGGCUAUUACCAACUGCCUACGAUUAUCUUUAUCCUUAUGUUCUUCGUUGGUUAGGUGCUCAUAUCGAAGAGAAUGUCAAACUCGCUCAGAUAGGCACUUUUCUAUCCUGUCCAACAAAUCUAUUAAAACUCGAAAAGGGUGUUACUACUUUUGGUGGAGUCUUAAUAGUUCCUACUGAGUUGACACUCUCAGGUGAUCAUCGUGUAGAUCAAAUAGUGCUCGGAUCUCAUACAAACCUUGCCAAUGGAUGUUCAAUCAUGCCUGGUAGUUACCUUGCAUCUGAGACAAUGGUUGGUAAUUUAACACGCAUCUCGCGAGAGACAAAAAGCAAAUACGGAGAAGUUUUCAUGGGUGUUCCAGCUCAUAUAAUGCCAUUUCAAAUGCCUGUAAGGUCAACAGUACAAGAUCAGAUCGAAAUCAUGCCAUUUUGGUGUACAUGUUUGUCUCAUUAUGUCAGCAAAUGUCUUUUAUUAAGCAUUUAUUCGUUUGGUGGUCUAGUAAGUGGAUCAAUCAUUUAUACCAUACUUGUCUGUGGCCUCUAUCGAUGUCGUUCAUAUUUACACCAUCAAAUUUUACAACACAUAAUAGCAAGAAUGAGUCAAGAUUAUGCACAAUUUAUUUGUCCAUUUCUUGGCAAUACACAAUGGCUGAUUCGACUAUGUCGAGCAUAUGGUGCUCAUAUUGGUGAGAAUGUCAUAAUGCCUGAUGUAUCCAGUAUUACUGAUUAUCCUUUGAUGACUAUUGGAGAUGAUGUUCGACUUAAUGUGCGUACACAGAUACAGGGUCAUAGUUUCGAGCAACGGAUUUUAAAACUAGCUCCAGUAUCAAUCGGUAAUUCAUGUAUACUGAUGAGUUACGCAAUUGUAAUGCCAGGCUGCAAACUAAUGGGUAACAAUCGUCUUUAUCCCUUAACAUUGAUAAUGAAAAAUGAUCAAUUACCACUGAAUACUCAUUGGAAAGGGCUUCCUGCACAAUCUUGCAUUGUAAAAGCAAGAUUAUCUCGACCAGUAAUAGCUCAUAACGAUAUCGCAAAAUAUCAACAAGGAUACGAGGUCAUUAACAAAUUGUUUCUCUGGUACGAACGAAUUGCAAGUAUUUAUACGAGUGUAAACGACUUACAAUUUAUGAAUUAUGGCUAUGCCAAUAUGAAUGAAUAUAUCGAUGAUGAUACUGGCUAUUAUUCAAGAAAGUUGUAUGAACAGGUUCUUGCAAAUGUGACAUUAACAGAUCAGAAUGUCCUUGAAAUUAAUUGUGGUAGAGGUGCUGGUGCUGCAUGGUGUGUUCAUACUCAUGCAUCUCACUCUUAUAUUGGAAUAGAUCCUUCUCAAGAUAUCAUUAACUUAUGUCAAAGACUUUAUUCGACAACUCCUCGACUUUCUUUCGUAGCAGCUGAUGCAACAAAACACUUACCAUUUGAAAAUGAGUCAGCUGAUAUUAUUCUUUGUAUCGAAGCAACACAUUCUUUUGGCGAUCCAGUAGCAAUCACACAAUUUGCCAACGAAGUCACUCGUGUACUUCGUCCAAAUGGAUAUCUUUUAUGGUGUGAUUUUUGUCACAUGAAUGGACCAGAUGCAUCAAUUUAUGAUCUGAUAGCAAAUGAUGGCUUAAUUAUUGAAGAAAAGAUUGAUAUUACAAAGAAUGUUCUUCAUGCACUUGACAUUCAAAAUAAAUCUCGUACUGAUUUCAUUCAACGUUAUAUUCAACCUGAAGAACAAGAAUAUUUUCGUCUGUUUGCUGGAUUACCUGGUACUCAAGUUUAUGAAGACAUGAGUCAAGGACGUUCACAAUAUUGGCGAGUUGUAUUUCAAAAGAAGACAAUAACAGAUAUGCCUGUCAUCUGA